UGUGGAAACACAGCUGCGAAAUACCAAAAAGAGCUCACAAAUUAUCAUCCGAAGGCAGCAGAGAGAAGAAUCCCUUUUCCCCCAAUUUUCUCUCUCCAAAAACAACAACCAAUCUCAGACCCCACAAUUCUCUCCCUUUAAACCCCAAUUUCUCAGGACCCAAACCCCCCAAUUUCUCAGCAAUGCCUGCUUCCUCCUCAGAGACGAGGAAUAGAUGGAGGAAGCGGAAGCGGGAGCCUUUAAUUUCAAGGAAGGCCAAGCCCCAACAAGAUGAUGACGUGUUCGAAGAAGAAGAAGACGAGGAAGACAUUGACCAGCAGGAAAUUGAAGAUGACGACCACCGAAACCCUAGCAAUUCAGUGGAUCGGAGUAAUUACUCAGUUGAAUUGGUAUCAGAAGCUGGGAACCGAAUUAGUGAGUUCCCUUUGGUAGUGAGACGUACUGUUACGCGGCCUCAUUCGUCCGUCCUGAAUAUUGUAGCGACUGAGAAGGCUGGGCAGUCUGGAGAGACUAGGCAGAAUGGGGUGGUGUUGGAGAAUAUGUCGUAUGGGCAGCUUCAGGCGCUUUCAGCUGUACCUGCAGAUAGUCCAGCUUUGUUGACUGAGGAAAGAGGAGAAGGCAGUGGGAGUGGUUCGUAUGUGAUCAGUCCUCCGCAGAUAUUGCAGGGUCGUGGUGUCGUUAAGCAUUAUGGCAGUGCAAAUCGAAUCCAUGUUGUGCCAAUGCACGCAGUUUUAUCAAAGGUGAAAAGUGCUGAAAGAGCUCUAAGGUCCAUUGGAGCUUUAAGCGCAAAGCGUAAAUAA